AUGUCAAUUAAUCUAUACAUCGAAGGAGAAGGUAUUCUAUUUAAGAGUAUAAGCCUAUAUCUAUCUCAUGUGAAAAAUGCUUAUUUCAAUGGCAUCAAGAAUGAUAAGAGGGUUGUAAACAUUGUUUGUGGUAAUGAAGCUGCUGACUUUGAUUCCAUUGCCUGUGCGAUAAGUUAUUCUUAUUACAGUUUUAUUUCAAAUCAAAAUGAUAUAGUCAUUCCUAUAAUUGAUAUUCCAAUAGUAGAUUUUAAUUUGAGGAGAGAUGUCGUUUAUGCAUUAGAUCAAAUGAAUAUAAAAAGAGAAGAUCUCUUUUUCAGGAACCACUUGAUUCAAUUGAGAGAGAACUUUGAGCAGAUUAACGUUAUCUUAUCAGAUCAUAACAAACCUUCAGCAGGCUUAACGAAACUUACGGAUAAAGUUGUAGGAAUACUUGAUCACCAUCAGGACAGUGGGUUAUAUCUAGAUGUGGUGCCAAGGUUUAUCGAACUAUCAGGAAGUUGUUCUUCUUUAGUAUUCAAGUAUUGGUACGAAAGAAUCGCAAACUUAGAGAAAAUGAAGAGUGCUAUCCCUCUAUGUUUAGGAGCAGGGGUUAUAGAUACAACUAACUUCACAAAUAGAUGUAUAGAUAUUGAUUUAGAGGCAUUGAAGUUAUACAAGGAAGCUCUGCCAAAUUUAAAUAUUGAGGAAUAUUUUAAGAAUCUAAAAAUAGCUAAGGAUAACAUAAAAGGUUUGACAAUCAAACAAAUCUUAAAAAAAGAUUAUAAACAUUUCACAUAUGCAAAUAAAAGUGGAAAGUCUAUCAGUAUUGGCAUUUCCUCAAUAGUAAAGUCUAUGGAUUGGUUAUAUAAUGAGCAUGGUGGAAAAUCGAACUUCUUAAAAGAAUCAGAAGUAUUCCUUCAAGAAAUGCAUGUCGACAUUUUUGUUAUUAUGACCUCAUUUGUGGACAUUAACAAUAAAUUUAACAGAGAACUUGUAAUCAUACCAUCACACGAAUACAAGAACAUUUCUGUAGAAAUUAUAAAGGAUAUUCAAGGUAAAUUGGGUCUUCAACCUGUUUUAAACUCAAAUGAAUCCGAUGCUAUUACCCACUAUUCAUACUCACAGUUAAAUUUAAAGGCUAGUAGAAAGCAGGUUGCACCAUUUUUAGAGGAAGCUUUUAACUCCUUGCAAUAG